GCGGUGGCGGCGGGGGCCGGGAGGGCUCGGCGGUGGUGGCGGCGCCUGGGCUUGCACUUGUCUCCCCGGGAGCUGGGGAGUUGGAGCGACGGGACCGGAGUCAGGUGGACCCCAGAGGAGGAGACACAGCGUUACUGUGGCAGCUGUGCAAGGAGGACCUCAGCAGCCUUUCUCCGGAGAGGGCCAUCUCAACGGGGGAUUUAGGUUUGGGGUGACUCAUCCACAAGAGCAGCACGAUCUGUAACUUUCCUCAGCUUUUAGCAAGGCUGAGGAAACUGGCUGCGCACCAUUCUGGGCUCUCCAACUCCAGAAAGAUGUCAACAAAGUGGAAGGUAUUGGACGGGACCAGCGAAGAAACGAUUUACUGAAAAAUCUUUGUAGUCGUAAAAUUCUUUCCUGGGCAAGAGAGAGAAAGCGUAAGGACUUGGCGUAAUCUACGUGUUGAGGACUGUCAGACUAACGCGAUGGCUCAGGCAAGUCUCCUGGCCUGCGAGGGACUCUCUGGGGUUUGUCUCGUUCCAACCGUUGCCAGCAAGAAGAUGAUGCCGAAGCAGAGCUCUAAGCAGGUGGAGAAUGGAGAGAGAGGGGGUGCGCCGGACAUGCUGGGUCAUCGCAAGGAAAAUGAGAAAUCGCGCAGCCGGAAGGACGAGGAAUCAGCAGAAGGUUCGCCACCCAAAAAAUCCCUUAAAAAGGUGGUGGUGAUUGAGCAGAACGGAUCCUUCCAGCUCCGGAUCCCCAAGAACUUUAUUUGCGAGCACUGCUAUGGUGCUUUCCGGAGUAGCUACCACCUCAAGAGGCACAUCCUCAUCCAUACGGGUGAGAAGCCAUUUGAGUGCGAUGUGUGUGACAUGCGCUUCAUCCAGAAAUACCACUUGGAGCGCCACAAACGUGUACACAGUGGGGAGAAGCCAUACCAGUGUGAGAAGCCAUUUGAGUGUGAUGUGUGUGACAUGCGCUUCAUCCAGAAAUACCACUUGGAGCGCCACAAACGUGUACACAGUGGGGAGAAGCCGUACCAGUGUGAGCGCUGCCUGCAGAGCUUCUCCAGGACAGACCGGCUGCUGAGACACAAACGAAUGUGUCAGGGUUGCCCGAGCAAAACGUCUGACUCGCAGCUGCUACUUUAGGGGUAGGCCAGGAAAGGGGGAUUUAGAAGGAGCUGGGAAGCCGACAGGAUUCUCUGUGGGUCCCUUUUGUUUGUUGUUUUGGUUUUUGCGCUCGUGUUCACCUGCUGGGCCUCCCCCUGCGGAAGGGGCCUAGCCGAGCAGGACAAAGUCUUGACACUGUAAAUACGCUGAGGACGAACCGUGACUGGCCCUCAGCCAGCAGAAAUCCCUUGCGGUUGUGGAUAAACUUUGGGUGUGUGUUUUGUUUUUGUUGAAGAUACCACCAUUUGCCUCCGGAAAGGCUUUGAGAGAAUAGCUGGGCCUCCUUCCUGCAAGUUCUCAUAAUGAUGUUCAAUGCUCUUGAUUGACAGACGAUCUGCCAGGUUGCCCAAGCUUUGGGCUUGGGAAGAUGGGAGAAGAAGAGGCUUAUCAUUUUUUUAAGGUAUAAUUAAAAAAGAGAAAACAAUCAAGCACCAAACUGUUUUACAGACUUGACACACAAAAGCAAUGGAUCUAAAGAGACUGGUUAGCAGCAGAAGAUUUUUUUUAUUCCAGGGUUCACAGGAGUCCAUCUCAUCAGCUUUGAGAUAAGGUCUACAGAACCUUCUUUUUUUAUAUAUAUAAAUUUUCCGACAGUAUCUGGGUUUGUGAUUAAGUUACUUUCUUGACCUUCAGGUUUCAAGAAGCAAGGUGUGGAGGGCAUGGCGUAGGCUGCAGGGUCCCUUCCAGGUGUUCCCAGUGGCAAGAUUCAAGGCACAGUGAUGCUGAUGAGAAUCCAGCUGACUGGAAGAAUGCAUCUAGCUACUUCCAGAGGGAAAGAGCUUCUGAUGUUUUAUCAGAAGUUUGAUCCUGCCCCUGUUCCCUUCCACAUAUCCAUAUGUUCAGGAUCAACCCCAUUGCAUGCCUCUUCACACAGAGUUCAUAGUCUUGUUGGAUGGGAGUCCUCUUUUUCAUAUAUAAAGCUGGCUGUAGUCCAGGAUUGCUAAUCUCAAAGGGCAUGUCUACACCUCCCGGCGAUCCGGGAGGAAGGGAGGAGGAUCUCAGGAGAUGCUGAUCGCGAGAUCCUUCCCCUGCGUUCACACGCGGCACGCGACGUCCAGGGAGGAAGAAGGACGUCACGCCCGCCAUUUUUAAAAAAAGAAUACAGGAGCUGGAGCACACUUGCGCUCCAGCGAAAAAGUAAGUAAAAAAAAAACCCAAACCCGCUCCCCAACCCAUCCCCGAUGGCCCUGGACUCCUCCAUUGCUGGCUCCUUCCCUCAGAUGACCCCCACUACUCACGGGGAAGAGGGAAGAAGGCGGGGCAGCCAGCUACACCACCCGCAGACUCGGGAUCAUCCCGGGACUGCAGGAGAAACCGAGAAAAAAGGGUAUGGCAAUAUCCCGGGGAAAUGCAGGGAUUAUCCCUCCCUGCUCCCGGGAUCCCCUGUGCAUCAUGUGGAUGCACAGGGAUGAUCCCCAGGGUAUCACCCGGUGUAGACAUGCCCAAAGUUUUGCUCUGGUAGUAGGAAACUGUAAUCUGUUUGGGGUUGCAUGGGGAAAGAAUUCAGGCCUUUCUCCAUGAACCUUAGAACAAGACGUUUGGGGACCAAGGUCCAGUAGGCCCUUGUUCAUUAAAUCAGUCUACGUUGCCUUAGGCCAGACAAAUUUCUUUCCCUGUCUUCAGAAGCCCAUAGCCUGAGAGAGGCAAAGCUCACGGGUUGCUCUUGGCUGGCCAGCUACAACCGAAAAAGAAGGUUCUUUCCAAGAGAUUCAGCCUGAUUCAGAAAAUGCAGUUCUAGCCAGUGCUGUUUUCUCUGCAAUAAAGGAAGCAGAAGUCUAUAAAAAUCUGCCACUGGUUCUGGGAUGGGUGGAGAUAAGUCUGCCUUGUACUUCGUCAGUGGAACCCACGUGUUGUGAGCAGAUAUCUGUAUGGGAUCCUUCUAUGCCAUUUGUGCUGUAAGCAGAACCCCCUCCCCACCCUCUCCUUCCCACCCACCUCCAGGGAAUUAACUUCUGCCAGGCUUCUGGAACACUCUUGCUGCAAGCCAGGUUUUGAGAUGUACAACAGUAGAGGACUGCCUUCCCCCUGAGCUCAUGAUGUGCAGAAAGAGAGAGAGAGAGAGGUUGCAGGCUUAAGUCUUCUCUCUCUGCCCCCCCCCCCCCUUGGAAAGUUUUAUAAAUAGAGGGUGGACACUUAAGAUCAAGAAGUCCCCCCCCCAAAAAAAGUACAGUCACCUAAGGGAUCCCAAUGUACUAGCAACUGGUGCUGCUUCAUUGCACAGGCUGAGUUGAAAAACAACACUUGUUAACUUGAAGAGAUCAUCUUUUUAUUGCGUUCUUGGUCAUUUCCUCAAAGGCUGUCUCCUGGGGCAGCUUUGCUUCUUAGUUUCUCCUGCCUUUGUAUAGUUAAACUUUGGUUGGAGCACUACAUGGGAUAAGUUUUUUUUUUAAGAAUAUGUUUUUUUUUUACUCAUUAAGCUUAAUACCUUAAUAUCGUUUUAUGUGGGGGCCUCCCAUCCAGGGAGUUGAGCCAGCUCCACACCUGCUUAGCUUCAGCAAUGCUACAAUUUCAGAUGCUCCCAAAUCGUUUACCAGGCCCCAACUAUAUGACAGAGCUUGGGUACUAUUUGGGUCUCUGAAUAGGCAAAAAGGCAAGUGAAACAGAAGGAACCAUUGGGAAGAUACAGAGGACUUCCAUCACAAUUGGUUUUGUGCUUCUAAAGAGCAAGCCAAAGGUCCAUCGAUCCUGGUGCAAGGUGAGGAUUAUGCCAACUCUUAAAGCUGCUUCCAACCUUAUUGGCCGCUGCUUCUGUUGGCUAAGCAGACACGGAAGAGGACUUUCUAUGUUCUUUUUCCUUCUUUGUGUGUGGUGGAAGAGCAGCCAGCAUUAUUAAUUAGAUCAGUGGGAAAAUGGGCCCAUCUUAGCUGAAAUUAGUGACAUCACCUUUAUCUGCACUUCAAUGUGCUGAAUAAUUAGUAUGCCUGAUUUUAUUGUAACUCUGAGAAUUGUAGCCUGUUGCUGUUUUGGUGGGCCACCAAAGGUUAAAAACAAAAAUUGGCAAACGAGAACAAAUAUUUAUUGAGCCAAUGUGUUUCCUGUGCAUUUUGUAGUGUAAAGGACUGAAAACCAGCAUACUUAAAUCUGUAAACUUCUUUGCUCUGGUUUUUUCCCUGAUAAAGGGCCAUUAUAUAGAAGAGUCUGAAAUGCACUGGAUCAAUAAAUAUUUGUUCUCAUUUACCGCAUUGUUAUUGUUUUUUACUCUUGUUGGCAUUGCUGUUUGUUGGAUGUGGUUUUGGUGAGACCUGCAAAAAGAGUCUUGCAGAAAUAGCAGCUCUAGGAAAAAAAGAAAACAAAACUGAGGCACCAUGCAUCUUCCUUCCAACUUUCUGGGCACUACUUUCUUCAAAAGAAUCAGAAUUGUUCAUUAGAAAUUGUUUGUGGAAAUCUAGGGAUGCUUUCUUGUGCCACAAUUCCAAGAGGAAGCCGUGGUGUGUUAAAUCGAGACAGCCUUGCUCAAGCAGGAAAAGCCUCUUUAUCAAGCACUAAGCCAUGUUGUGCCUGCCCUUUUCUGGUUAAUCCCCUGGCAUUAAUCCAUCCGUAAUUGAGACAUGGUAUUACAAAGCGUGUUCACUGUUGCCAGUUACUUCUCCUUUCAGCUUGCUGGAAGUCUCAGUCUCUUGAGUGAACUGCCUCAUGUUGCCAGUUCCCUUGCGUGCCAAACAGGGUAAUGACCUGUCAUUGCUUAGAUCCCUUAGGCCUGCUUGCUAUCAGGACUACUGCUUGUAGGAAAUUGGGAGGCUGUUUAACACUGUAUGUCCUGUGGAGUGAGCACUCUUCAGCCUCCCGUUACACUUGGCCGUUUAGUAGCUGUUAAUCUUGCUUUUGAGUGAACAAGCCAGCAAAGGAAGACACUGAUUUCGUGUGAUGGCGUGCUACAGUGGCUCUGUAGCUAGCCCUCUCUGCUCUUGGGGAUGUAAAAGCAUAGAAAGAAACAUUGACUUGCAUGUGAUCUUUGCGCCUGAGGCUUUUCUCAGAACCUGGCUAGUAGGUAGAAAGGAAGGGAUAGGGGAGAAGGCAAGCAGGCUGUUUAGCUGGUUGGGUGGGGAGGAUAUUGCUUCUGUUUGCCAUUGCAGCCAUCUUCCUUGUACUGUUGUCAUGUAGCCAACUUGUAGUCUAUCGCAAGUUACUAUUUCAGCAUACUCAGCUAUGGUGCCACCUGACCCUGAAGGUGAAUGGUUUGCGAGGUGGGACUGUUUGUAAACACAUCUACCAUAUUCAAGUACUCUGCAAGGAAGUAUUUGAGGAAGAAGCUCACAGAACUUUCAGAUGUCUAGGAACAAAAGGGUUUGCAGAAGUCCUGAAAAAUAGGUCCUCGUGUGUUUAGCAUGGUUUCCAAUAUUUAUUUCGGAGUGAGGAACUAUAGUAAUUCAGCAGAACAACAUGGUAUUUUCUAGACUGUACUAUUGAAAGAAAUGAUGCCCUGCACACGGAAAGCUAGCAUCUCAGAGGAAAGGGGUGCAACCUAGCCUCUCUAACAUGCUAAGGGCUGGAAGUCCCUUCAUUCAAAACUCUCCCACUUAGUCUCUGUCUGAAAUGGUAUGGUGAGUAAAGUAAUUCAAGCACCUCAGCAUUUGUAAUUUAUGCAGGAUUUAUUGUCUGGUUUUUGGUAGUUACUUUGCUCCCGAUACCAGCACCUAGGAAGAAUGGUUCACAUCAACUAGAAAUCGUCUGCAGUGAAAUAGUAGGCAUCCUUGUUUAAAGGGUUCUUACAUUUCUUAUUAGUUGAAGUGAAAUUGACUUGAAACAGAAGUGAAACUUUACUAAAAUUUCACUGACAGUCACUGAGAGGUGCAAAAGGCCACGAUCGUUUCAAAAUGAAUGUUGUUUGUUCAAACUCUCACACGAAGAGGCACUUAUGUCGAAAGAAAGCUGUAAUUUGAUAUGAUUUCUGAAAAGUGAGAUUAACAAUUCCUUAAAAGUAUAUUAAAAAACACGUGAUGUCGUAUAGACUCACUCCUAUUUUUAAAUGCCCCCCCCCCGAUGGUGCCAGUGAGGUUGCUGACUGAAGGGGGGGUGGCUUAGCAAUUCUACAUAGUAGUAGCAAUAGUAGUAGCUUGGAAAUUGGGUUCUGCAUAAACUAUGAAAUUUGUUCCCCUAGCAUGGAAUAUGUCGACAUAAAAUCAUAUGCAAUAAAAGCCUAUGUUCAUGCAGCAUCUUCCUUUCGUAGGUGUUGUGGAAUAGCCGGUGUUUUGAGAGCGUGUGCCAUGAUGUGGUGAACCAUUGCCCAGGCUUUCCUCCAACCUCAAGAUUUUAUUUUAUUUUUUGUAAUGAUCCAGCAUUAAUGUACAUUUGGGGAAAAGAUUUUUAGGGGGAGCUGCAUUCACCCCUGCACCUCUCCCCCCACCCCUCCAUCUUCCUCGCUAGAAGCCGCUGACCAUCUGUCAGCUGGCAUGGCAUGGAACCUGUUGAAAUUCCUUCUCUUCCUGGUGGCUGGUUCACAAGAUGAAUUGGACCCUGUGAUUCUUCAUGUAUGUGGCGAGGUGCCUUGGGGUGCUUCCUUACGAGUAGAGAUUUUGCUGGCCUUGAUUUAGGAAUUUAGAUAAAAUGGCAGAAAUUAAGAGGGCCUGUUCGUGCAGUUCAUACUGGCUUUCACACACUCCUUCCAUUCACUGGAAGAGGAAGGAAAAUCCUAGCACUUCAGCCUGAACAGAGAAUCUGAAUUUGCCCCUACUGUUACAGCCUCUAUCAAAGUCCGAUGGUAUAUAUAUAUAUAAAUUUUCCUUUCCCACCCUCCCUUUUAAUUCACUUAAUUUGCUAUGGGGAGGGAGUUGGGAUAGGGAUGUGUUACCCAAGGGCAGGAUCACUUUUAAACUGUAGUUUUUAUAAGAUGUUAUAAACUUGUAUCUUUUUACCAUUA